ACUCGCAUCGUCCGUUCUAUUCCCGGCGCACAGUCACCCAAUCAUAUCUCGACCGCAAAACUGCCUUCUGAAGACGCACUAUGGGUUGACCUAAAGGUUACAUGAUCUGAGCCGUGGUGCCGUUGCCAAAGCCUCCCCAACCAAGAUGCCCAGCUCAUGCAAAGAACUGCGCGAAGCACUCGCGCAGUGUCUCCAAGAAUCCGAGUGUGUCAUGGUCGAGCGCAACAGCGCCGCCGACUGCCUCCGCGAGCCUCUCGUCAACACCCUCCCCCUCAAGUGCCGACAGCUGAAGAAGGGCUUCGGCGAGUGCAAGCGUGGUAUGGUGGAUAUGCGUAAAAGAUUUCGCGGCAACAUGCCCGUGGCAUACCGUACGAUGGAACAGGCCGAGGAGGGUCAAGGAUACCAACUCUACGCCGGACGGCCGGCAUUUGCGGGCGGUGUCAAGAAGACAGACGGAAACGAGCCCAUUCCUCAAGAUUGGAGAGAAGUCGAGAAUGAGAAGUGGAAGGCAGAGCAGGCAGCCAUAGAGCAGCAGAAGAAGUGAGAUUGAGGUCGUUACCUGACUGGACCAAUCUUUUCGAUAUGGGCUAUGCGUGGUACGGCAACCACUACUUGUGCCAGUAUUGAUACCACCAUCUUCCUGCUUGCCUAAACGCCGAAGACGAUAGAAGGCAAUGCUGAGGUUGGCCUGAACCGACUGAGCUGAAACGAUUCGACAUAACGAAUUUGACGGGCGAAGACUUUUUCAUAUAUUAAAAAAGAAGAAGAAAAGAAAAGAAAAGAAAAG